AAGAAAAAGUUGUGUAGCGGUUCCCUCGCUGUUCGCACGAGUUGGAUGCUGAUGAAGCUGCGUCUACACCAGAAGCUCAUCAUCAUGAACUCAACGUAGAGAACAGGAUCUAAAGCUGCAGCUGCACGGACGUCUGCAGGGUGCCUGAAUAUGCACGUUUGAAACUUGCUGAAAAUGCAAGGGGCCAUUGCACGAGUGUGCGUGGUGGUGGCCGCCGCCAUAUUGAACCACCCGCUGCUCUUCCCUCAAGAGAACACUACGCUCCCGGAGCAGGACGAGAUGUUGAUGGCUCGCAUGCAGGAGCACGAGGCAAGGCUGGAAAUAGAGCAGGCCAGGCUGGAGAGAGAGCUUUCCCAGCAGGAGUCCCAGCAGCAGGAGGAGACCAGUGCAGAGGGAGGCUACAGUUGGUACUUCUGGAGCACCGUGUCGUUCAUCAUCUUCUUCACUAUCGAGAUGUGCAGGGGGGAUCUUGCUGACACGGAAAUCCGUCCGUCUGAGGAUGAGGACAUAUUUUCAGAGACGGGAGCCAUCACCCCCAGGACAAUGGUGCUGGAUAAAGAUAUCCUGAGAAACUUCUGUGACAAAUGCACCUACAGUUCAGCCAAUGAAAACUGGAGGGUGAGGGAGUUUGUCGAGGGCUUUGCCGACGAUUUACUGGAAUCGCUCAGGAGUGCAUGCGACAGAGAGGCAGACAUGGAAGUCUGGGACUUUGUUGGGAUUGGGAGCAUGUUCGAGUCUUGGAAGGUGUGCAAGCCUCUAACCUGCGACCUGAUAGUGCCUUUCUCGCCACCAGACCCGUACUCCUUCCAGUUCGAUCUGUGGUGCAGCCCCAGCAGUGACAUAGCUCCAGACAUGCAGGGCUGCGGCAAGAUAAAGGUGAGCAGGUUUGGCGAGGGCGAGGAUGGCUGCCUCUGUGGCUCCGCUAACCUCGGAGAGGACAUGCUCUGCCUGCUGCACGGCAAGAACGAAGCCAUCCAGGUGCACCGCACUCCUGAUGAGCUGCUGUGCUCCAGGAACACCCCUUUCUUAGCCAAAGAUCAGGUCAUGAAGUGGUUUCAGAUCUCUGUCACCAAAGCCUGGGGUCGCAUCUCUCACAAAUAUGACUUUGAGGUCACUUUUCGAAACUUGGACGCCGCUGGUGCUCUGAAGAUCCGAUUUCUUUCAGGGAAGGUGAUCGUCCUGAAUAUCAUACCGGUGGUACAGCUCGGGGAUUCAGAUGCUUAUUUUGUCUCACACUUUCCGUCAGAUUGCGACAGUUCUCCGGACCCGCUCUGGCCCCUCUCUUUCGCUGUGUACGAGAGGAACUUGCUGAAACUUUUCACCAAACGCCUUCCACAAAAUUCCUGUCACUUACACUGUCUUCAGAUUGUCACGUUCCUGCACAGAAAGCAGACGGGGCUCACGGGGAAGAGUGCCCUCACAAACUACCACUUGAAGACCGCCCUGUUGCACUUGUUGCUGAGCAAGAGGCCCUCUGCGUGGGGCAUGGUCAGCAUUGAGCAUAGGCUCCGGGACGUGCUCAGACUCUUGCAGAGGAGCCUGCAGGAGAAGAGACUUCACCACGUUCUCAUCGGGAACAGUAGAGUGCCGGAGGACGUCCGGCUACCUGAGAUCAUUCAAAAAGCGCAGCCCCUCAAUCUGUUUAGGUCUUUGGUGCUGCAGACGGAGCUGUACGCUGCAACCGUCAGACAUUUUCAGGAGAUGUUGAGAAAUGCACCUGCUCUCAUACAAGAAUACACACCUCACUUGUCAAACGGAGGUGUACACCACAGACUCGAUGACAGUUUGAGAGCUCCCGUCACGUUUGGAGUCUGAAUUUUUUCUAAGCGGGUCUUUAAAUAUCCCUCUGUGUGUAACCAAAGGUGAUGUUUCGAAUAGAAGGUGAACACGCAACAAUUAUUUAGCUGCUUUAAUUGCACUUGACAUUAACCAGUGUAUUGAGAAUACAGCGGCAAACUAAAACAUGUACUUUAUAUGCAGUGGGUUGUACUGCAUAUAAAAACAUAGUCUUAUAUACUGUGAUUUUUAAAAGAUAAUUCAGUAGUACUGUUGUUAAACCUCAAAAUUCAAAUUUUUACAAGUUUACCCCCAAGAGGUUUUAGGUGUGAAUCUUUCUCUGCCAGAAGAUGAGACAAGUCUGGACUCUGUUGAUACUCUUGAUACUCAGUUUGUGGAAGCAUCAAGUGGUGUGUGGACAUUUCUUCUCUUCUGGUUUUCAUCACUUCAGUCCUACAGCUAGUGUUUAACAAGUUGUGGGCCUGCUUUUAUAGUCUCUCCAUAUUUCUUUCUCUGCCCCUUUUAAAAAAAGUGUCAUGAGGAAAAUCCUUUUAGAAACGUAACAAUUUUAACAGAAAUACCUCAAAUAUUGUGCCGAUCUAAUUGGAAAUAUUUACAGUUUAUUACAGCAGCGUUUUUGCUUUCAUUCUCUCACAAAUCUUAAGGCAGCUAAUAAUUUCUGCUUUAGCUAAUUGUAAAGUAAACUUGAUUUGCCUGUUCCAGUAGGUCAAUGUGAAAGCGUUGAUGGAGCCUUGGUUUAUUAAAAGGGAACACGCGUGUCAGGUAAACAUGUUUUCUGUUUAUUGUAACACAAAAACCCAGACUCAGUCAUAUCAUUGAUCAUUUUAUUAGAAGAAAAGUGCCAAAUAUUGAGAUUGGUCAUUUUAAAAACAUCUGGAGUCAUACAAUGACUGCA